AUGACGUUCUCACAAAGCUUCAUGAGGGUCAUCAAGGUCAACUCCACUCCAAAACGGCUACAGCCCAGCCCAAUUGCUGAUGGAAUGUCAGCUGCGCACCACUGUGCCAACCCUCGCAUCUGUGCUGAACCCAGCACUCCCCAACAGUACUGUGUUUCCUCAAAUUAUUCAUCGUUCGAGUACACAGAGGAUUAUGAAGAUGAGAUCUGUCGCAAAGAUGAAGUUAUCAAAUUUGGUUCUAUUGCAAUCCCAAUUUUCUACACUGUUGUCCUUAUCCUAAGCUUCAUUGGCAACAUACUGGUUAUCGUGAUUCUUGCACGAUACGAGAAUCUCAAAUCCCUCACUAAUGCCUUCAUUCUAAAUUUGGCUCUGUCAGAUUUGAUGUUCACCCUUGGAUUGCCGUUUUGGGCUUGUUAUCUCAUCUGGGGAUGGACAUCGGGUGAGGAAUUAUGCAAAGCUGUGAGCUUUGUAUUCAGCGCGGGAUUUUACAGUAGCAUACUCUUCCUCACUCUGAUGACCAUCCAACGGUAUGUAGCAGUCGUUCAUCCUCUGACUGAUCGAGGCGGGAGAGGACCCUACUUUACUGCGACUACCUCUAUCCUUGUUUGGGCUUUCAGCGGUUCAGCUGCCAUUCCUGCUCUGGUUCACAGCAAAGUCAUGCUGGACCCGGAAAAAAAAGAAGAGAGACUUCACUGUGAGUUUGACAGUACUGGAAUGAGACACGCCAUUACAUAUCUGCAAAACAUAUUUUUCAUUGUUUCUUUUUCCGUAAUGGGCUUUUGUUACGUUAAUAUACUACGCGCAGUCCUCAAGUCACGGACAAACAAAAGACAUCGAACGAUUCGACUGAUCUUCACUAUUGUAGUGGUGUUUUUUAUUGGAUGGGCGCCUUAUAAUAUUGUUCUUUUUUUGAAGACUUUAAGUGAUCAACAGGUGUUAGGACUAAAUGACUGCGGCGUCAGUAACGCUCUGGAUUACGCACUGUUCGCUUGUCGGGUGCUUGCUUUCUCUCAUUGCUGUCUUAACCCUGUAUUCUAUGCCUUUGUUGGUGUGAAAUUUCGAAAUCAUUUGAUGGUUAUUCUGAACAAACUUCUUCCAAGUCCACCUGGCACGGAUUCUCUCCGUUCGAGGAUGGCAACUAUACACUCACAAGGAUCUUUAUACUGA